CUUUGACGGACGGUGAGCUCCACACCUGACUAUAAAAAAGAGCCGAAUCUGUUUACGUUCAUGACGGAAACAGUCCACGCUUCGACAAAUAAAACGGUUCCAGUUAAUUUCGCAGGAAUAAUGGCACACCGACUGAUCUGGAUUUCAGCUUUGCUUAUCUUAAUCACCGUGAACCUGUCUAGUCAAAAUCCUGCCACAGACAGGGGCUUUACUGGUGAUGAAACUGAGCAUGGAGUGUCAGUGACGUCCACUGCUGUUGCCGUACUGAACAGCAGGCUCACCCAGAUCUUCUUCCCAGUGGUGUAUAUCAUCGUCUUCAGUGUGGGCUUGCCGGCCAACGCUAUGGCCAUCUGGGUGUUCCUCUUCAGGACGAAGAAGAAACAUCCCUCAUCCAUCUUCAUGGCCAACCUUGCGCUGGCAGACCUGCUGUUUGUAAUCUGGAUUCCUUUAAAGAUCGCGUACCAUUUUAACGGGAAUCACUGGAUCUACGGAGAAGCCCUGUGCAAAGUCCUGGUGGGCUUCUUCUACGGGAACAUGUAUUGUUCAACUGCUUUCAUUGCAUGUAUUAGUGUCCAGAGGUACUGGGCCAUAGUACAUCCUCUUUCCCAGCAGAAAAGGAACAACAAAUUGGCAGCUGGUGUGUCUGUGUGUGUGUGGCUGGUUGUGUGGGUCAUUACCGUGCCUCUUUUUCUUUAUGACCAGACUGUGAAGGUCACAAACAUGAAUAUUGUUACCUGUCAUGAUGUCACUCGCCCCAGCCAAUCGCGCUACCCUUCGAUAUACUUCCUGAUUAUGGGAGUUGUUGGAUUCAUAGUUCCCUGCAUAAUAUGUAUAGUGGCAUACGUGCAGAUGCUACGUGCCCUAAAGAGCUCGAUGACAGACACUAACAUCGUUCAGAAGCGAAGGAAGGCUGUCAUCCUCAUCGUCACUGUGCUGGUGAUGUUCCUAGUGUGUUUCACCCCGAGUAACAUCAUGGUUAUGGUGCAUUACUCACUGCUCUUGAUGGGAGUUCAGGACAGCGGUUACGGCUUCUAUAUUACAACGCUAUGCCUGGCCAGCCUCAACAGCUGCGUCGAUCCGUUUGUAUAUUAUUUCAUCUCGGAUGAGUUCAGAGAGCAUGUAAGAAACACGUUUCUUUGUCGCAGCGAACGCACCGCGCAGAGGAUGCGGGUUUCCUUCAGUGCACUGAAGUAUUCAAAGAAAAACAGUACCUACACGUCAGAGUCUGGAAACACGCAGAGCACUUCCUACUAAGAACGACAGAGAACUGUUUUAAAUCAGUGCUAUGCUCUGAUGGUCUACAAUGCAUCUUGAAAAGUAUAUAAGCUCUUGUUGUUUUAUUAUUAAAUGUUGUAAGGGCUGGAGGAACAAGUUUCUGAAACAUGCACUGAUUUGUCAACAUUUAACAUGUAAUUCAGUCAACGAAUAAAAAUCUUUUUUCAUAAUCUCACAUAAAUUGAAGAUCUUAAGACCUUAAAAGGACCUCCAAGGGUUCUCACUUCUUGGAACUACAAAUGGCCUUCUGUUUGAUGACAUAGUUACCAUGGAAAUGUUGAAGUGUUGUUGUUAUUAUUGUGUUGCCAUUACGUCACUAGUUACAGGUUGGUUUAGUAGGAUUUCUCAGAAUCCCCUCUCAAAUGACCUUUAAUCUAGUUUGGUGGAACUUGACUGAAUAACUGGAGCUGUUAUAUAUUUUGAGCACCUGUUACAGAAACCAUUUUGCAUUUAUUCCUGUUUACAUAAAUGCAUGUACAAGUGUCUCUAAAAGAAUGUGAAAUGUUAUGUGAGUCACACCAGUGGUGUCCAGUUUUAGAUGCGUGAAUGUAUAACCAGCAAACAUAACCUCAUUCCCAUGUGUUGUAACGCACUAAAUGCUGGAAUGGUAGCACCAUUCACUGUCUCAUUUUUUUUUAUGCAUUAAUCUUAUAAAUGCUGAUUUCUUUUUGCACACCUGUGCCCCACUUGGUUUCAAAGCACAUGUAUAGGUUUUAAUGUUGUUUUAUCUGUGGUGUAUUUUGUAUUUGUCAUUUUUAAAGAAUGGCCUGCAUUUAUUGAUCAAUAAAUUUGUCUUUCCAUGUC